AUGUCGGUGGAGACGGAGCGGAGCUCCACCGAGUCCUCCGCGGCCUCCGGGCUCGACUUCGAGGACACCGCGCUCACCCUCACCCUCCGCCUCCCGGGCUCCGCCCCCGCCCCCGCCCCCGCCGCCGUCGCCUCCUUGUCCUCGUCCUCCUCCUCCGCCUUCCCCGACGCCGACCGCAAGCGCGCCUCCUCCGACACCGACCCCGACCGCUCCUCCCCGCUCGCCGCGUCCUCCGACGCUGCACCGGCACCCAAGGCGCGGGUGGUGGGGUGGCCGCCGGUGAGGUCGUACCGCAAGAACGCGCUCGCCGACGUCGCGGGCUCCAGCAAGGCCAACCAGGCCGCCAAGUUCGUCAAGGUGGCCGUCGACGGCGCGCCCUACCUGCGGAAGGUGGACCUCCAGGCGUACGCCGGCUACGACCAGCUCCUCCGCGCGCUCCAGGACAAGUUCUUCUCCCACUUCACCAUCAGGAAGUUUGCCGACGACGAGAGGAAGCUGGUGGACGCGGUGAACGGGACGGAGUACGUGCCCACGUACGAGGACAAGGAUGGCGACUGGAUGCUCGUCGGCGACGUCCCCUGGAAGUGA